CGUCUCCAUGGUUACACUGGUAAAUAGAGAGGUGAAAAUCGUUGGGAAAGCGACGGCUUUUAAUUGAAAUACGAAAAUGAGCGUGUCUGUCACUCGCACGAUUCCUAAAAAAACGGAUAAAGUUGUUAGGCGGCAACGGGUUUAUGACUACUUGUACGAUCCAGUUUACACGGUGUCAUCGGAGGUAGACCAUGCCAGGUCCAGCCUCAAGGCCUAUGCGUCUAAGGACCGAGUCCAGAGAGUGCCUGAGUUUGACUCUAUGUUCAGUAACUUGUCCCACCACCCACGGUAUACUCUUCAGCUGGACCAUACAGACCCAGUACCGGCAUCUAUUGAUCGCCGCUGGCGAGGCCACACGGAACAGCGCAAAGAGGCACUGCAACAGCUGGCUGGGGUUAUUCCAAAAGCUCAGUUAUGGCUGAAAAGGGAGGAGUGCCAUGUGACUGGAGCUGAUCGCUGGAAAUACUUUAAACGCCCUCUAAUUCCCUUCACACAGCAGGUUCCUCCGGAUGUGAUUUUUGCUUUGCCAAAAGAAGACUUUGUAACAGCUGGUGGAAAGAAUGCUGAACAACAAUACACCCACUUCACUGUGGGGGUCCAAACAGACUACAGGGAAAGUGAAACACAGACAGACCCAUACAGCCCUGAGUAUGUGAUACAACCUGGAACAACUCCCUCAGAGCUCUUGCAGCUGGCAGCUUUGACUUGGGGUCGUGGUCUGCCAGCAGGCUUGGCAGAAGUGGAAAUGAUAGAGCGGGCACGUGCCAAACGAGCUUGGGAGGUCAGCCUUCCUCCACUGGAUGACCUGAGUCAGCUUGACAAGAGGAGGCGUAUGAUGGAAGAGAUGGAGGCCAAAGAGUGGGCUUUCAGAGAAGCAGAAAUCCAGAAGUUGCAAGAGACUCGUCUUUCUGUGCUUAAGGACCUGUUGAGACAGAGAAGCGAGGCCCAGAAAGAAGUCACAAACGAGAGACUGCACCAAAUAUAUUCUAAGCUCCAAAAAGACAAGGAGACCAGGCUAAACAAGAUCCACAAUGACUACAUCAGGUCACUGAGAAAACUGGAAGCUAAAAGAAGAAAUGUGGAAGGGAAGCUAGAGCGGCGUGGCAUUGUCAGAGACUGUACAGAUUCUCGGGCAUAUGCCCCUCAGACCCGCAGGAACACGUUCAUUAGGAGUACCUGCAACAAUGAGUUAAAAAGCCACUACUUAGACACAUAUGAAGGCUUACUAGAGCUAGAAGCAGGACUGUCUGCCUCAGUCCUCAAACCAUGGGUGAAGACACCCAAACCCAAAGUCAACAUCAUCAAGGAUAGGAUCGAGCCCCCUGUGAGCAGAGAGGUAAAACUGAUGGAGAGAUACAAGGCCCUAAGGAAGGAAGAGAAUGAACUAGCGACAAAGAAGCCCUUGCGUUUUCUUGUCAAGAAGGAGAAGCCUGUUCCUCGUCCUGUCACUCCCAGAGUGGAGGAGCCACCAGAGGGGGAUGAGGAGAUAGAGCUUGCAGCCAUCCACUUGCAGAAACUGCUGAGAGGAAGGAGUAUGCAGUACGAGAUGUUUAAGGGCAAGGAGAACCAUCUGGAGCUUAUCCAGGAACUGAGGACUGUCCAUGCCCUGCAGAAGGAGGAACAGGAUCUCCAGAAAGCUGACAAAGAGCUUGUAAUCACCCUGAAAAAACAGAGAGACAAGCAUAGACACAAGACCUCUCAGGAGGAGGCGUCUCAGGCGAGACUGAUAGGCACAGAGCUUGAACACCUGUUUGACACAUUGUCCAAGGAACUGAUUCGUCUACAGGAGGAGCGCAGGAUCCAUGCCUUUGCAAUACUGGCUGAGAGAGACCGUCGCCUUCGAGAGGCUGAGGAGAGUGGAAGGAGACAGGCGGAGGAGCGCAGACGCAGAGAAGAAGACGAGAUCUUUAGACAAGUGGUGCAGGUACACCAAGAAACUGUGGAUUUGUAUUUAGAGGACAUCAUCUUGGGGACCUUGGAGCAGACAGCAGAGCAGCAGGCCAGAGAGGAGAUCCGCAGGAGGGCAAAGGAGGUCAAUGACAUUGCUUACGCCAUGGAGGAAAGCCGCAACAAUCUUCAGUCAGAGGAGAUUGUGUCGGAGUUGGUGUACAGUUUCCUUAUUCCAGAGGUGGAGAAGAUCAAUGUCAGGCAAAGAGUGCACCGGCGGCAGCAGAGACACUUGCAGGCAGCUCGGAGUAUCAUUCAUGGGACUUCAGAGCAUUCUGGGAUGCUUCCUAAUAUUCUGGGGGCCUCACAUCUGACCUCUCCCUCUGAAAAAGCCUCCAACCGAGUCCUUGAGCAGAUCAUCGGCCAAGUGGAGCAGGAGAAGGAAACAGAGCAACACCAUAAUCAAACUGAGUAAAGAAGGGACUGAACAUAUAACAAGUGUACUGAGAUGCACUAUGUCUAAAUUUGCUGUUCACUCCUAUGAUUUAAGUAUGAGUUUCAUAACCACUUGUGUUUACACGGAAGACAAUGUGCUCAAAUAAGAUAUUCAAUCCUGGAAACGUGUUACUUUCUUUCAUUAUCCUGCAGUGUAAUACAACAAUUGCGCAGCAAAA